UGCAGCUGACGUGGCCUGCGAUUGUCUUCUUCGUCUUCGUCUUCCCUUCUCCUUGGGAGCAGCAACGGAAAGAUAAACAAACUGGAGUUGAGUGGAGUUGCAUGCGCACCUGACUCAUCUCCAUUAUCCAUCCAUCCAUCCAUCCAUCACGCACCUACCUAUAAACAAGAACAAACUUUUCUGGUAAUUGAGGAUGAUUAACCAGCCAACUCUUUUCUUUACAUUUUGCACCUAAAAAAAAACAAGCAUAUAUUCAUUCCUAGCUACAGGUGCGGCAAAACGGAAGAAAAAGGAAAUCUUUUCUUGAUCGACGAUCUCCUCUUUGCCUUUCCGACUGCGAUCCCAGCCCAGGCAACUAGGCUUCGCCGCUUUCCUCUCUCCCCCUGUUUUUCGGAGCUAGUUGCCCAGUCCAGGAGGCCAUCGCUCACCAUGCCGGACCACGGCUCCAAGCCCGACAUCUCCUUCGCCGGCCGAUUCAGCGCCAGUGCCAUCGCCGCAUGCUUCGCCGAGAUAUGCACGAUUCCCCUGGACACAGCCAAGGUCAGGCUCCAGCUGCAGAAGAACGUCACCGCCGCAGGGGACGCAGCAGCGGCCUUCCCCAAGUACCGCGGCCUGCUGGGCACCGCCGCCACCAUAGCCAGGGAGGAAGGCGCCGCCGCGCUCUGGAAGGGCAUCGUGCCCGGGCUCCACCGCCAGUGCAUCUACGGCGGACUCCGCAUUGGUCUAUACGAGCCCGUGAAAUCGCUCUACGUUGGCAAAGACCAUGUUGGGGAUGUCCCUUUGUCCAAGAAGAUAGCCGCUGGAUUCACCACUGGUGCCAUUGCAAUCACCAUCGCUAACCCCACUGACCUUGUCAAGGUCAGGCUUCAGGCCGAGGGGAAGCUUGCACCUGGCGUGCCACGCCGCUAUGCUGGGGCAAUGGAUGCUUAUGCCAAGAUUGCUAGGCAGGAAGGGGUUGCCGCUCUGUGGACUGGCCUCGGACCGAAUAUUGCGCGUAACGGGAUCAUCAAUGCUGCUGAGUUGGCCAGUUAUGAUCAAGUCAAGCAGACAAUUUUGAAACUUCCUGGGUUCAAAGAUGAUGUGGUCACCCACCUCUUUGCUGGUCUGGGUGCUGGCUUCUUUGCUGUCUGUGUUGGUUCUCCGGUUGAUGUGGUUAAGUCAAGAAUGAUGGGUGACUCAGCCUACAAAAGUACUCUUGACUGUUUUGUGAAGACACUAAAGAAUGAUGGACCUCUGGCAUUCUACAAGGGCUUCCUUCCAAACUUUGCUAGACUGGGAUCAUGGAAUGUGAUUAUGUUCUUGACGUUGGAGCAGGCUCAAAAGCUGUUUGUGAGAAAACCGGCAAGCUGAAGAUAAAACUUUUUGCAGUCGGUGGCGACCAACGAAAUUGACAUUUUUCUUCAACACACACACAAAAAAAUAAAUAAAAAAUUGACAUCUCCCCCGUGGGAAUUGGGGAACAAGGAUAAAUCUGACAUCCAGUUGUGAGAUACAAUAAUAAACAACAGCGGGAAUUUGCAUGACCCCAGAAUAAAUUCAGAAGUAGUGAACACAUGUCAUAGUGUUUUAAACAAUGUCUGAGCUGCAGUAGCUUUAUGGGGUCUGAUAAGCCAGUAAGGCACAGUAAAUUUGUUGGAUCUUUCAAAUCGAUUAUUGUUUUCUGUUGCA